AUGCGCGCUCAGCAGGGAGUGUUGAUAUUUGCUGCUGCUGAUGCUGUUUUGAAAACCGGAAGCCCCGAUGAAUUGUUGGUGAAAGGCAUGGUGGGGAACAUGAUUGGCCGUAUUGUGACCUCUGCGGGUGGUACAUUAUUGUCAGACCCCCUCUUGGAUUACCAGUCUGUCCCCAGCGGGGUGAGUGAUUUCGUCAACACAAUGGGUCCUCUGGCGCGCUCGGUUAACACCAUUGCUUUGGGUGUUGAUCCUCUCACUGCACUUGAAAACGGCUACUCGCCGACCGUGCGCACGUUGCCAUUGUCGAUGCUGGUCUCGCCCAUAGAUUCGGCCGGGAACGCAAUCGGAGAUGAGACCGCCACCGCAGUCAAUCCCCUAGCUGCGGGAUCGACUGUCCUUACGGGAUCAGAUGUGCUUCCUCGAGGUGGUGCGCUGGUCACCCGCGAAGGGCGAUUUUCGCUGUACCCGACGACACGGGAAGGUCGUUUCAGGAUAGGGCCGAAUGGUGAACGGAUCAUAUAUGGGCCUGGUGGGGCGGAUCUGGUUAUAGACCCGGAUGGGAAUCGACAACUCCUUGGACCGGGUGGCAUUCCACGGUUUGUUAAUCCCAUAGGAGACAUUACCGACGACGCCGUUGCGCAGGUGGCGGCUUCCGGUUUUGUACUCCCUUACAACCGUGAGGCGGUUGCACAGACCCUAAUUCCGCGAAUUCGAUUACGAUCUCCGAGAUCCACAAUCAACUUCUAUCAAGCUACGGACGGCGCUAACUACACGCCUUUCAACCGUGGAAUUGAAGGGCUGACGCUCCCGAAAGCUGCGAAGAAACUGUUUCCUACCAUUUCCUCAUAUGUCCCAUAA